AUGGAAAUCACAGGCGAUAAUAUCUCUGCUUUAUCAUCCAUUGAGAACAACUUAUCAUGCGACAUGAAAAUGAUCACUUGUACUAAUAGCGAGGAUACCCCAUUUGAUGAAAUAUCUAGGCUGAUUGUUACACAACCCUUGAUAGAAAUCAAGCUACUGAAUAAACUUUGA